ACAGGAAAUCAGUGCAAUUCAAGGCUGCCAGCGACUAUUGAACCAGAUAUGGCUAGCAGUUCAAACCUUGAUCACGAGUCUGCAAAAUGGACAAAGAAUGAAGUGGAUACUUUUGUUAGGUUAAUGCUAGAUGAGGUCAAGAAAGGCAACAAGACAACCACUACCUUCAAUAAGGCGGGAUGGAACAAAAUUAAAAACCAAUUUGAGGCCAAAACCGGUCGUAAUUUUAACAGGUUACAGCUUCGUAACAAAAUGAACAAACUGAGGUAUGAUUAUCGCAGUUUCAAAGAACUGUUGGAGACAUCGGGCUUUGGUUGGAAUGCUGUGACUAGGACUUGCACUGUUGAGGAUGAUGGUGUUUGGGAUAGGAAUAUUAAGGCAAAUCCAAGCUGGUCAAAAUUUAAAAGAAAUGGACUGCCCCAGUGGCCAGAACUACAAAUGAUAUUUGGUGAUUCGUAUGCAUGUGAGGAUAAUGCAAUCGUAAGCACUGAAGAUGCUCCCAACACAAAUGAAGAGAUUGUUCAGGAUGCUGUUCAAUCUCUUCCAAAUACUCCUAUUGACGGAGGUUUGGGUGAUUCUAAUGGUGGGGAGGCAGAAGGCAAUCAUCCCCCAUCUAUUAACCGCAGGCUUGACAAAACACCAAGUGCCAUUAGGAAGAGGAGUAGGACCUCAGAUUUCGGAAUGGCCUACAAGACCAUGGCUGAUGCAUCUCGAACCAAGAUGGAGAGGUACAUUAGUACCUCUUCCACAUCUCCAUCUCCUCGACCCGUAAAUACAGAUCACAGCAUUACUCAGUGUAUGACAGUGCUGAGCAACAUGCCUAAGGUGAGGAAGGAUUUGUAUAUGAAGGCAGUCAAGCAGAUGAUGGACGACCCACAUUGGAGAGAGGCCUUCAUUGCUUGUCCUCCUGAUAAGAAAAUGUGGCUUAUAGAGAUGCUAGAGUGACGAUGGGGCUGUUCCUUCUUUCAUUAUUUAGACGAUUGUAAGCUAAUGUAGAUUUUAUGUUCUCGUAUGGAUGACUGUGGUUGUGGGUGUUUUUAAACACUUGUGGAUGUUUCUCAUAUGUUUUAAAAUUCUUGAUGGAUGACUGUACUGGUUGGAUGUUUGUAACACCUGUGGAUGUUUAUCAUAUUCUAAAUAUUU